AUGAUAGGGGAUUUGUCGGGGAAACGUCCCCGUUCACUUCGGGCCGUGGCUUUCGUCUCAGUGGUCAUCUCGACAGUAUCCGUUUUAUCAUGCGUGAUAACACUGCCUCUUGUUUAUAACCAUAUCCAAAGUGUUCAGACUUUUAUGCAAAAUGAAGCCGGCUUCUGCAAGACGCGCUCAAUGGAUAUGUGGAAGGAAAUGAUGCAGCUCAAACUUGUUGUCACUAUACCAGCAGCUAAUAGAACGAAAAGACAAUACGCUGCGGAUAAAAUUGACAUUGGAGCUGAUGAGGGUGUAGGACCUUUGGCAGGAGGAAGUUGCUGUAGCUGUCAAGUUGGUCCUCCAGGACCACCUGGACCGCCAGGUCGCGAUGGCCGGCCGGGGUCA